AUGGAUGAAGCUGACACCCAGUCUCCUAUUCUGUUUCAAUCGGAUAAACUUCAAAAUAUAGAGCUCCUCCGUGAGUUGCUAAAUUUGCUUCAUGAUUUGCAGUCAGGUAAAAACCUGGUGAAGGACUUUGACAACCACGCUGGAAGUAUUCGUCUUAAAUUGUCCACAAUAAAAUUACAAUUACUGCAAAUUGAAAAUAUAAAUCAAAGUUUAGAGCAACGAGAGCUAGAAAUCAAAAAAUUGGAGGAGAAUAACAAGAGGAAGGUAGAAUUUUUGAAAGGUUUGAAAAAUUUUACUAGAUAUGAUGAAAUUAAGGACGAAGUAAUGGCAGAAUGA